CGCUAUAUUUUAACUCCGUUAUUUGAGCGCAACGCGACCGGCGACUAUAACGUUAGAUUACAGCUGUCUUGACUUGACAGUUGUGAGUGACGGACGUGCGUGUGAUUUGUUUUGCGCACUUCCUUUUAGUUAAAAAUACAGCGCGCAAGAGUUAAUUUUGUGACUCCGCAGUUUUUGGCAGUGUUUUUGGACUGAACAACUUUUCGAAAUGAAGUUCCAAAUAUUCGCUGCCUUGUGUUUACUGGUGGUGUGCGCGGAAUGCAAGUAUCGGCCACCAGAAUUGACAUACCAUCAGGAUUCAAAUCACCAUGGACGUCACCGGGAAAACUGGGUCCAUAGGGAUGAGGCCAAUGAAAUCUCUACUGUUAGACCUAGAAAUAAUUAUAGAAGUGACCCACCUGAUCACACGAAGUUGAUACCUAUGGCCAGAUACGUGCUGCAUAAUGCUGACUGGGCGUCAGUAGCUACAAUUUCAAGCCUGUCAGCUAUCCAAGGGUUCCCAUUCUCAAAUGUCAAAUCUGUGGUGGACGGGUCUCUGGCCAACUCCACUGGAAUCCCCUAUUUCUACAUGGCCCCAGCUGAUUUCACAGCUCGCGACUUGACGAGAAACAGCCGCGCCACCGUGCAAGUGUCGCUGGAGGAGACGAGGUACUGCGAGAACCAGAAGUGGGACCCUGAGGACCCGCGCUGCACCCGGCUCAUGCUCUCCGGGAAGAUGAAGAGGUUGAAGGAAGGUACCCCUGAGUAUACGUUCGCCAAGGCCGCCUUGUUCGAGCGACACCCCGCUAUGGCUACUUGGCCGGCAGAUCACGCCUGGUUCGUGGCUAAGCUGAAGAUUGCCCAGAUAGCGAUGGUGGACUGGUUCGGCGGGGCCAAGUACAUCCCAGUGAAGGAGUACCUCGCGUACAACUAUACUGGCACAGAGAUACUCGACCGUGCCAAUAAACUGCACACAGAGGUCACCUAUGUUUGAAGUUGAACUCGGCCAUAGGGACUCUGUGAGCUAAUUGGUUUUGGUUUUAAGAACUUUGGGAAAGGCUUUGCGAAUACGAUGAUACGACUCUAGUACUCGCACCAUGGCAAUGUCGUAUGCUUACACAACCAUAGAAUAAAGAAUAAUAAUACGUAUAGAACGGUUUAUUUAUGUAAUUAAUGAUAAGUAGUCUAUGUACGUGUUUAGUAAUAUUAGUAAUAAGUAUACAUUUAGUUUACUUGUAUUUCAUAGAUAUCAACUCAUUUAUUGCGUGAUAACACCGGCCCACUGAGUUUCUCUCAGGCUGUCCACGGUUAGCUAGAAGAAAUCCCAAUUAGGGAUAAGUUCGACUGUGCUUUAUCCAACGAUAAAUUAUAUGUAAAUUUCCUUUGUAUUUUAAAGCAACAAAGAGUAUACAAACAAACAAACGGUUACUCACCAAUUCGUACCAAUGCUGACAUCAUCCCCUCUGGGUCCUACUUCAGUCUUAAAUGGCCGUAAACCCGCUAAGGGGUAAAGGGGAGUGCGCGCGGACCGUCUCGCUCGCAUUUACGCGGCACGCGGUCAGAAUAAGAUUUUUGUAUGAAGUGUCCGGUGUGUGACUGUGUGUUACGUUAUCUAUUUAGACGCGUCAAAUCCCACGGGCUUCGACUAAUAGAGGUACUGCACGCACAGUGUCUCCGUAGACCAUGCCGCGAGUACUGAAUUUUUUUUUAUAUUAAGUUUUCGAUUCUAAUAGUAAACAAAAUAUAACUUACAAGUUUGAAUAAUUUAGUAAACUGUAAUAGUAAUAUUAUAGAUUUUUACAGGAUUUCUAUUGCGUAUCGUAAAGGAGAGCCAUUCCCAAAUUACUUAUUAUUGGAAAUCAGUUUGUGAUUUCAGCUUACUAGGUAGCUCACAUAUUCGCUAAAGCGUCAUAGCGCCUUAGUAUAAGUAAACCAUUGUGAUACGUAUUGUAACCAAAAAUCAUCUGAUGAUAUAGACAUAUUUUUUGUAAUCAAAACCUUUCUAAUAAAACCAUUGAAUGCUGGA